AUGUUCCCAGAUGCAAGAGAUGCGGCGGCAAAUAUCCAGAAGUUCCAGGCAAUGGCAGGGAUACCUGGAGUUAUUGGCUGUAUAGAUGGAUCACGUAUCCCCAUUAGAGGAUCAGGAGGAAAUGGUGCAGACCUCUACUGUCGCCGGAGAGGAUACUUUUCCAUUAACAUACGGGGAAUAUGUGAUGCAAAUUUGAAAUUCAUGAGCAUCAUUGCUAGUUGGCCGGGGAGUGUGCAUGGCAUCAGAAUUUUUGAAUUCAUGUGUGCCAUAUCCUCGUGCAAGGAAAUCAUCCUGGCUACCUACUUGGAGACAGAAAAGCGCUACAACACAGCCCACGCGAAGACCAGAAUUGUGACUGAACAUGCCUUUGAAAUUCUGAAAAAGCGCUUUGCUUGCCUCAGCCAGCCUCUUCGUGCAAAGCUGGAAAAUACUGUGCAGUUCUACAUAACAUAA